AUUUGCUUCGAUGCAAAAUAAUGCUGUGCAUUAUCAGAGUAUCUUUUUUCUAUAUUUGUCUGGCAGCGUGCUGUUCGGUAAAAGUGAUGCAAUUGAAAUGAUAAUCUUCCAUUAUAUGUAUGUGUGUGUCUGUAAGUGUUGUUGUUAGUACAGUGGAGGUAUUCUAAUUGUUUCGAUCAAAAGUAGGUAAGUAGGGUAAUAAAUGACACGAGCAUAGCAUACACAGUGCUAGAACUUUAACUUAUUAUCUCCUAUCUCUGGGCCUUUGUACAAAGGAUAUAUAAAAUGAGAACGCUAAAGGAAUUGAUCAGAGGGUGACCGCACUUACGAACUGCAACUUGCAUUUAACACUAACUACACAUUCACACUACGCACUCAACAAUGACGAGCGCCAUUAUCAAGUGCUUUUAUGUUCUUCUGGUCAGCUUUUUCCUCUACAUACAAUUUGCAAGCACUCUGCCAGUUGGCAAUCCAGAAACCACCGUGGAAGUUAUGUUACAAAUACCGCAAUGGCACUGCAUGAGGUACAGAAAAUUCGAACUUGUUCGGCGAUGUCGAAGCUAUAAGCAUGGUGCUAGAAGAAACUGAACAUCGAACAUGCGUUCAUCUUUAAUUAUAUUUUUUUAACUCUUUUACUAUUUUAAACAUUUAAUUUAUUG